AGUUACGUAGACCGAAUAGCUGAGUCCACGUAAUAAGAAGCCAACACGUGGACACGCGCACCGAGCAACGACCGCAUCACCGGAACACGCGCGCAUAGCAACAUGACGCGCAUAGCAACGGGAACCGGCACGUGGACACGCGCAUACCGGAUAUGCAGAGUCAGCAGCUAUAGGGUAGAAUCGAAGGCUAGGUGCAUUGUAGAAUUUAAGAAAUAAGUCAGUUGUAAUUUGGAUCAGCUCAGUGUAAGAAGCGCUUGCGCUUAAGCAAUAAAGUUUUUUUUUAUGAAACGUGAAGCCUUGCACUUAUAAUUGGCGCAGCCGUCCGGAGUGAUUUAAGUGAGUGUAAUUGUGUCAAAAGUGGAAAAGUAAGAGACUGGAAAAACUCUAACUAAAGUGAUCCCGCAAGUGAUAAAAGUUAUUCAACGCAUCCGGAGCAACACAGGAAGACAACAUCGAUCGAAGCUGUAUUCCGCCGAGGAGUUGAGGAUCCCCCACGCAGUUACCCACCUGGAAGGAAAACCAGCAUCGUUAAAUCACGAACCCGCGACACGACAGCAAGAAAAAAAAAUCGCUUGGAGAUCGAAAAUGCAAUACUUUCCGAUAACAUUCAUGCUAAUCCUGCUUACACAACUCUCGCAAAGUAAAGAAUUAGAAAUCAUAGAUUUGAACAGGCAACCGAUAUUUUUUCUUAAAACCAGAACUUGUAGAUUACAAACAGGAAGCAUAAAAUUCAUACAUCCUAUAAACAUGUUAACCCUUGAAAAUGCUAUUAACACCAUUACACACUUUUACUUAAAGAAAUUGUCAGACUAAAAGUAAAAUUAUUGUACUCAAACUUCCAACAAUUAAAACCUAAACAUAGAACAGCUAGAAGUCUAGAAAUCUUAGGAACAGCUUGGAAAUGGAUAGGAGGAAGUCCUGACGCCGACGACCUCAGAAUCAUCAACACCACAAUGAACGAGAUAACCGAGAACAACAACAAACAGUACCGAAUCAACAAACAGUUCGAUCACAGGCUACGAACCCUCACUGACACCAUAAAUCAAUUGACAAAAGAACGAGAACAAGUAAUGCUGAAUGAACUAGAAACCAUUAAAACCAUAAUGAACAUCGAUAUCAUCAACCAUGUUUUAGAAGAAAUUCAAGAAGCAAUCAGUUGGACUAAAGUAUCAGUAGUUAGCAACAAGAUUCUAUCAUCACCAGAGAUAAACUCCAUCAAAACCAUACUAGAAGACCAAGGAGUAAAAGUCGAAUUACCAGAUGAAGCGCUAAAGCUAGUACAACCAAUUAUCGCGAUCAACUCGAAUUCGAUACUCUACAUACUGAAGAUCCCUCAGCUAGCUGAUGAAGAAGCAACAAUGCUUGAAGUAUUUCCUCUCAGUAUCGAUAACAGAAUCAUAGUAGAGACUCCGACGCACCUUAUAAAAACACGGAACAAAGUGUUCAAACCAGCCAAACCUGAUGAAUACAUCCAAAACCAAUACAGGGAGUACAUCGAUAAAUGCACAUCCAAUCUCAUCCUAGGGAGAAAAAGCGAUUGUUCUACUGCAAGAAAGAACAACACGACGAUAAAGCUAAUAUCCGAUGGACUUAUCAUUGUCGACAACGCAAAAGGAGCAGCCCUGAGUUCAAGCUGUGGACCCGAUGAUAAACUCGUCUCCGGAAAUCUUCUGAUACGCUUCAUCGAUUGCGAGGUAACGAUAAUGAAUCAAACAUUUUCUUCUAAGCCUAUCUCCAGCACAGUAGAGCCAUAUUGGGGAGCAGUAUCCAUCACCGAAGUCAGAUGGCAACACCAUAAACCGAUGAUAAGGCAAGACGCAUUCGAGAACAUUGGAACGAUGCAGCAUUCUUAUCUCCAGCAGUUCAACAGCGCAUGGAAUUGGAGCCUACUUGGAGGAGUAUUGGUCUCAACAAUCUUCACGUUAUCCCUGGCGAUCUUCGUUUUCACGUUCUACAAACGAUCGAUACGGACCAUCGCAGACGUUCUACCGAAAAUAGCGGACACGCUCUUCUUCACCCCCCCCGAGGAGUUACGUAGACCGAAUAGCUGAGUCCACGUAAUAAGAAGCCAACACGUGGACACGCGCACCGAGCAACGACCGCAUCACCGGAACACGCGCGCAUAGCAACAUGACGCGCAUAGCAACGGGAACCGGCACGUGGACACGCGCAUACCGGAUAUGCAGAGUCAGCAGCUAUAGGGUAGAAUCGAAGGAUAGGUGCAUUGUAGAAUUUAAGAAAUAAG